AUGGGAGAUCGUUCGGAAGAGUUCCAGCGACAAGUUGUUGAGGCAGGAGUGUGGUCGUGGCUUUGGCUGCUCAUACUGGGGUUGAACUUGUUUUGCGGUGGCUACGACCCGCGGCUCCUGAAGAGCAGAGCGAUCGAGCGACCGAGAGACACCCCAUCGAAGGCGCAGUCCAUGGCUCUGCACCUGCUCGCGCAGAAGGUCGACUAUUUCCUGGACCUGGACGUGGUCGUACCGUGCGAGGAUUGGGCCGCGAGCCUCAAGUCCGCGCGCAUUACCUAUGUCGGCAGCGCCGUGGAGCGGGCCCAGAGGCUCUCGCGGCCCCAGGUGCUUCCGGGGUUGCCGCGCCCCGAGCACCGCGCAAGCAUGCCGGCUGAAGAGAUAGCCGAGGGCGUCGUCAAGGAGUUCCUGGAGUACCCGCGCCGUUGCCUGCUGGACUUGGACGCCCUGGAGGCCCCCCCGAAGGCGGGGGCGGUCCUGAUCCAGCCUGGCGAGGACCUCGUCAUCGCCAAGGAGCUGAUUUCGAUGGGUCUUUGCGUGGCUCUUGAGGAGCACGAGCUGAUCAAGAUUGGUCCAGUGUCCCUCCUCAGCGGGGUACUCGGGGCCCCGAAGGGGGAGCAGCUGGGGCCCGAUGCCGGCAGCCGGCGCGGCCAGGACGUGCCCCGUUUCAUAGUGCACUUGACCGCCUCCAACAGCGUGCAGGCGCUCUGGGAGGGGGGCGUCAAUCUCCCGCCGCAUUUCGGGAUGCGGAGAUCCAUCAUGCUGGAGGGCGAGCAGGAGCUAGCCUGGAGCUGGCUGGACUUGAAGGGGCGCUUCUACUUGCUCCGUCUGCAGCGUACCUGGGCCCCCUUGUUCGCUUUCAAUUGGCAUUGCGAGGCGUCCGAGCUCGGGGCGGCGGCGACAUGUCAGCGCUGGAUUUACGCGGGCGUCCUCGACGUGCCUGAGAUUUUCUCUUCGAGGGGGGAUCUGGAGGCGACCGGGGCGGGCGGGGCGGCCGCGUGCAACGACGCGGUGCCGACGUCCGCGGAGAAGGCGGGCGACAGACUGCAGAUCGCCCAAAGGCGGAUCGGCCGCAUCGUCGGCAUGACGCUGCACGUCCUCACGAAGGACGCUUGGAGCGCCAAGGAGUUGCAGGUGCUGGGUGGCCAUUGGACGCAUCUGUUCCAGUUCCGCCGGGAGGCGUCGAGCCUUUUGGCCCACUUCUGGUCGCUGCUGACGACGGCGCUUCGGCGUCGGAAGGUCGCGGCCACGGAGCUCGCGAGGACCGAGCUGUGGCUGUGCGUUGUUCACCUGCCGCUUCUCGCUAUGUCUCUCAGGUCGGCUAUCGAGCCUGUCGUCGCGGCGUCCGACGCCUCCGAGCAGGGCGGGGGCGUUUGCGCAUCCCGGGGCCUCACGCCCACCGGGCGCCUGAACGUCGCCCACGACCGCGCGCUCCUCGCUCGAGGCGCGACGGACGGCCUCGGCCGGGUUAGCCUCUGCGAUGGGAUCGGCGGCGCAAGGCAAGCCCUGCACCUGCUGGGGAUCACGCCCGCCAUGUAUUGCAGCAGCGAGGUGGACGGCGCGGCCCUCAGGGUCAUCUGGGCGCGCUGGCCCGAGGCCGUGGAGCUCGGCGGUAUGGAAAGUAUUGGGCAGGCCACUUUCGACCCGUUGGCCAGGAAGUUUUGCAACGUGUCGUUGGUCGCGGUCGUGCUGGGUGCCCCCAGCCAUGCCCCGAGCCUGCUGUUCAGGUUCGUCGAGGUGGUGGCGGCGGUGCGGCGUGCGUUCGCAUACUGCGAGGUCCUGUGGCUCGUGGAGGCAGUGCCCAACAUGGGGGCGCAGUCGGAGGAGCAGUUUUCGGGUCUUCUGGGCCAGCGUUCGCUCCGCCUGUGCCCUGGGCUGGCGGGCCCAGUGAAGCGGGCGGCGAGGAAGAAGCGCCUUCCGCAUAGGCUGGCCGGUUGCGAGGUCUGCGACCUGGAUGCGUUUGCACGGUGGCAGGCCGAUGGCAUGCGGCGCCCGCCCUGCCAGUACAAGCCGGCCAAUUGCGCCCGGCAGCGCAGGCAGGGGGCAUCAGCGGCGAGGCUGCGCCCACUGGUAGCCAACGAGAGGGAGGCCUUGAUGGGCUACCCCAGGGGCUACACGAAGCGGGCCCUGGGGCGCGCGAGUCAGGGUCAGGCCGCCCAGUUAGAAGAUGCCCGGUGCGCGCUGAUCGGGGUCAGCUUCCACGCCCCAUGCAUCGCCCGGCUCAUCGGCUCCGCGUUUGCAAGAGCACGGUCUGCUGGAGGACCGCUGAGAAACAACCAACUGAAACCUGGGACCUUGAAGAGAUACGGCGACAGCGUCAAACGCUUCUUUGCCUGGGUGGACCGAAUGUCACAUCCAGUGCCGCCUCGCACGGGCGACUUCGAUGUUGUGGCGUGCGAAUACUUGGAGCAUUUGUGGCAGGAAGGCGAUGCCUUGGCCCUGGCCGGCGACGCUCUCAGCGGGCUGACCCACGAGGUGAAAAACUUGAAAGGCAGCUUGCGCGAGAGUUGGGGGCUCUGGGACGAGCCGGUCUCCGCCAUAGCCGGUUGGGCAUUGGGAGAAGGGAAUGUAGGUUUCGUUUUCUUCGUGUACACUUCCUACCAGUGCAUCUUGAGGACCGGCGAAGCUUUCGGCCUCAAGGGCAUGAGGCAUUGUUCGAGCUGGGCCUCGCGAGCGGAGGACGGCGGCGACGGGGGAAAUGCGAACGCGUUCUCUCGCGAGAUCCCAUGCUGA